CUCCUGCACAUUUGGUACGGAGUACAGCACGUAGUCCCGGAGUAACAAUAACCUGAAACUCAAAUAUAUUAGUCAGGGGUACUUGGUUGUCCCUCAUCAAUAAUUGCGAGAACCUGGGCAAAAUGGCGACAAACGAGACUCCACCAACCCCAGCAUACUUUCCCACCUCCGCCGACUCCCCACUCCACCCUCCCACAGCACUCUACCAGAGACUCCGCCACCUGAAAGAUGACGACGUUAUCAAAAUCCAAGAUUUGACUGUCCCACCGCGCUCCGGGCGUGCAUGGAAAGUGCCAGCAGGCUCCCUGUUCCGCCUCUCAACGCCCGAAGGGCCCCAGGUUGGCGAUUUGAAUAUCUGGAAUGCGUCAGACCCACGGGAGCGCUUCUGGGCCGCGCGCACAAGGCAACUGCAAGGCUCUCAUAUGAUCGAGGGUGACAGGUUGUGGUCCAAUCUACCUUUCAUGCGCCCGCUAGCUGGUAUUAUCUCUGAUAAUUGUCUCGUCAAAGAUGGGCCUGGGAGUGCAAAGCAAGGAGGCCGCCAAGAGACCAGAGACGAGAGAGGAGGAAUCACAAAAUGGGGCGGCCGCUGCCACGAUCUUCUAGGCACGAGAUGCGACCCUUACAUCAGUUCUAAUAUCUCGGGUUCUGACUACGACUUCCAUUGCCACAGCAACCUCGUACGGUCUAUCCUGCCCCAUGGGUUAACAGAGUUCGACGUCCACGAUGUGCUCAAUGUGUUCCAGGUCACCGGCCUCGACUCCCAGGGGCGGUAUUUCAUGGAGGCGAGCCCGGCCACGAGGGAGAGCACCUUGACGUUCUUUGCUGAGCAGGAUCUGUUGUGUGCAUUGAGCACGUGUCCGGGAGGUGAUUUGAGUGCAUGGGGCUGGAGUCAGGCGGACGAAAGUGGGGUUGAGGAGGGGAGGGACAUGAAGAGUACGUGUCGACCGAUCAGAGUGGAGGUUCUGGAGGUGAAGGAUAGAAGUGUGCUUGGAGGGUGGAAGAAGCCAGAGAGGAGUGCGUAUAGGGGGUGUCAUGGGAUGAAGAUUCCGGGAGGGGAGGACUGAUGGGGGCGUUGAUGUGCUAACCAAGUCAGACGGGCAGCAUCUCAGGCAGACUCCGGUUACCUUUGCACUUUUGCACCGUUCAAGAAGUCGUUGGUAUUCUUCAGAGAUGCUAUCAAGAAAUUAUGUAGAAACGAGUUGUUUGUGAUCGGACAAUUGAAGUGUCGAUGAAGAAGACAUAAUCUAACGUUACAUGGCAGGACUGUGGUUGCCUUCGUGUGGUUUCAGACGCUCCUUUCCGAGGGUUUGCUACGAGCGUAAAGAUGAUGAGCGGGGAUGAUGGUGCAAUCUGAGGCGGUUUUCAAUCAUGUUCCACCUAUGUUUGUUGUCACAACUCCUAUUUUGCUACAACUUUCAAGACAAUCGGGAAUUAUUCCACA